AUGAAGAUAAUCGUGGGUGCCACAAUUGUGGUCACCGGCGACGGAAUCGACUCGGCGGUGCUCGUCACUCUGCUCCGGAACAAAGUGGGACACGCUGAACUGGUCAGCCUCGGCCCUGUGGAAGAGAAGAAGAAGGAGGACAAGAAGGCGGAGGAAGAUUCCAAACCACCGCCGCCUUCGGCAGCCGUUUGGUCGUACGGUACGCCGGUGGCCCGCCUCACCAUGUCUACCAAAUGA